CUUGACUGAAACAGGCUCGUCUUAUUUUGCCGAGUGCUUCGUAUUUUUGAUUUCUGUUUAGAGGCUGUUGCGUGCAUAAGUACAUUUGUUGAGUAAAUAACCUACUCGAACGCAUAGAUAUUUUCCUACAUUUGUUUUGACUGCAAGACUCGCCGGUUUUCCUCUGAACGCAACCUCUCCACUCAAAUAAUGGAUUUGGUCUGGAGCCUGUGCUUCGUUGGGAGUCUCGGCGCUUGGUUUGCUUCUGCAGAAAGACACAGUAUAUAUUGGAAUAACACAAACAGCAAGUUCCUAAGGGACAGCUAUGCGGUGGAGGUGCGUCUGAACGACUACCUGGACAUCGUGUGCCCCCACUACCCGUUGGGCGAGGUGGCAUCGCAGGAUGCCGAGCGCUACGUGCUCUACAUGGUGGAGCGGGAGGACUACGACGCUUGCAAGCCUCAGUCCUACGACCAGAUGCGUUGGGAGUGUGGCCACCCCUUCGCCCCCCACGCUGCUGAGAAGUUCUCCGAGAAGUUCCAGCGUUUCACCCCCUUCACCCUGGGCAAGGAGUUCCGUCAGGGAGAGAGCUACUACUAUAUCUCCAAACCUCUGCACCACCAUGGACAGGAGUGCCUCAGGCUCAGGGUAAACGUCGUAGCUACUGAUGGUUCUCAAGAGGCCAGGGUUGCAACUGGAGGAGCUGCAGCUGUACCUGGAGCUGAGGGUGGAGCACACAACCCCUCCAACAGGCUGCCUGCAGAUGACCCAGUGGUAAUCCUGCCAGAGGUCCAGAAAAGCGUGCGGACAAAUUCGUCGGUGUCAAAGGCGUCCUUCUCCAUCCUGUCAUUGUUUGUCCCAGUCUUAUUAUUGUUGCUGUUACAGUGAGACUACAAAUCUCAUAGACUUGGAGGACAUGUAAUGAAGUUGGGUCUGUGGGGAACCGCAGGCACAAAAGACAGUUCUCAAAGCCCAAGUGCUGGUCACUGGGAGAGGGACAAAUUUGAGUCUCGUAAGUACGGAUGGACACAUGCACUAAGUGUGCCGAGUGAGAAUUUGGUUUGAGUUUUGUGGGAAGGCACUGAGCUUUCUCAAGAUGUCAUUAUUUCCUGGAGAGAUUUUGCUCUCUUUUAAGGUUAGUGUUUUGCUCUUCCCCUCCAAAAAAAAACAUAAUUCAUUUUGGAAAGAGGAACAUAAAUGGACGAAGAACAAUCACUGACGACAAAAGCUAAAUGACUUUCUUAUAUGGACAACUAUUUGGAUUUGAUAUGAAUUUGUGUUAGAAAAAAAACUGCAUUUAGUGUUACAUCUUCUCUAAGCUUUUGAGCCAAAGAAUACAGUGAUCAUCUCUUCAGUAUUUAACUAUUCUAUUCCAACCUUGACUAUUGUGUUCUGUUUGUGUUAUUGUACUGUAAUUGAAUGGUGCUAAAUGUCCUAGUGAUUCUUUCUCAAUGUAGCAUCGACAAAAGCAGGGGAUGUGUUAGCGAACUAUCAAUGUUCCUGUGCAGACUCGACCAUGUGCUUUCACAGCACUAACCAUACAGCACAACAACAGACAGACAGACUGACUGAUGCACAGAUUGACUGACAUCACAAUACAGACCCAUGACAUAGUAGACACUGCAUGGAAAGGAAAGGUAUUGUGUACAUUCUGUGAAAAAUCAUUUGUAAAGGUUUGCAGCUGAAAGAUUUACUGUAUACAAUACUGUAUGUUUAACAAAUGUUAUGCUUACUGUUGGUGAGCUCUCUCUGAGGGGGGGGAGUAUUAGAAUUAGUGUUUCGGUGAGAGAGAAAGUGUGCGAGGGAGAGCUAGAGGUCAAACAAAAUGUUCAAACUGCCAAAAGCAAACACGGAUACAGUACAUUGUGUAAGGCAGGCCUUUUCUGUAUGUCAGAUCAUGCACCCGUACCGUUUAAACUGACAAACAAAAUAAACCAGACUGAACUAUGUUCAUCACAGUACUUGCCAGAGCAGUGUUUCACUAUGCAACACUUCUCUACCUCUACUUACACUAAAAAGUCAACCAAGUAAAAAUGUUUAUAUUCAAAAACAGUUGAAAUUUGGUUGAUAAUACACUAUAUACACACAAAGUAUGUGGAUUUGGCUAUUACAGUUGCUGAGAGGUUUAUAAAAUUGAGAACACAGUCAUGCUCUAUAGAUAAACAUUGGCAGUAGAAUGGCCUUACUGAAGAGCUCAGUGACUUUUAACGUGGCACCAUCAUAGAAUGCCACCUUCCCAACAAGUCUGUUUGUCAAAUUUCUGCCCUGCUAGAGCUGCCCCAGUCAGCUGAACAGAACCGCUGUAUCGUGCAAAUAUCAUCUGUCCUCUGUUGCAACACUCACUACAGAGUUCCAAACUGCCCCUAGAAGCAACGUCAGCACAAUAACUGUUUGUCGGGAACUUCAUGAAAUGGGUUUCCAUGGCUGAGCAGCCGCACACAAGUCUAAGACCACCGUGUACAAUGCCAAAUGUUGGCUAGAGUGGUGUAAAGCUCUCCACAAUUGGAGCAAUGGAAAUGCUUUCUCUCUGAUGAAUCACGCAUCACCAUCUGGGUUUGGCGGAUGCCAGGAGAAUGCUACCUGCCCCAAUGCAUAGUGCCCUGACCUCAACCCCAUCAAACACCGAACCAGGCCUAAUCGCCCAACAUCAGUGCCCGACCUCACUAAUGCUCUUGUGGCUGAAAGGAAGCAAAUCCAGGGCAGCAAUGUUCACACGUCUAGUGGAAAGCCUUCCAAGAAUAGUAGAGGUUGUUAUAGCAGCAAAGGGGGGACCAACUCCAUAUUAAUGCCCAUGAUUUUGGAAUGAGAUGUUUGACGAGCAGGUAUCCACAUACUUUUGGUCAUGUAGUGUAAUUUACAAUUUGGUUGUAUUAUAAUGUAAUUUGCCAGUCAGGGUUAUACUGCUAUGGUAAGAUUUUAGGCCUACACACCCAGUCAGGCACACAGAACUCACUGAAACCACAAGACACCGUAUCAAUCACAGCUGCCAAGCCCAACUUCACAGGGUGGUUUGAACAACAGACAACAUUAUAUGACUAUCAUUGAGUCAAUCCUUUUUGUUACCUUAUUUUGUAUAUGUGUAUUAUAUGUAUAUAGAAGAUUAUAUAAAGAACCCAUUUGAUAAUUAUGAUAAAUGUGAAAUUCUCAUGUGAAAUAAAAUAUAUUUUUGUGAAAACAA